UGUGUGAUUUGCCAUGAUCCUAUCUUCGGAGAGGAAGUUCUGGCACCAUGCAAUCACUUCUUCGAUAUCAGUUGCAUCACCGACCUAUUCCGGUCAGCAAUGCGCGACGAGCGCCUGUAUCCUCCUCGGUGUUGCCAUCAGAACAUUCCGCUACCGCAAGUUCGGCCUCACUUGACGCAGGCAUUCCUUACCGAGUUUGAACUCAAAGCCCAAGAAUAUGGGACGCUGAAGCGCGUUUAUUGUGUCGAAUCAACGUGCAGCCGUUUUCUCGGGCCAUUACAUGACGGGGGUUCCUCGAAGAUCUUUACAUGCCCGUCCCCUACAUGCAUGACGAUGACAUGUGGAAAAUGUCGCGGGAGAUACAAAAGAUUCACCCACUCCUGCACUCCCGAUGCAGAGACUGAGGUUGUACUCACGCUUAGCCGCGCCUCAGGAUGGUCCCGUUGCCCAGGUUGCGCUCAGAUGAUUGAGCUUAGCGUAGGGUGUUUCCAUAUGAGCUGCCGAUGCAAGACGGAGUUUUGCUAUCUGUGCAGAGCAUUGUGGAAGACUUGCAAGUGCCCCCGAUGGGAUGAGUCUAGGCUGCUUGCUCGCGCACAGUGA